AUGAAGACCGAAUCCCCGCGUCAUCUUCGUAACCCUCUGCUCGUCCUCCUCUUCCUCGCAGCAGCAGCAGCAGCGUCGGCAGCCCCCGUCGUCCAGAUCGCCAUGGCGGCCGAGCCGGAGCAGGCGCCCGCGGCGCAGGAGGCGGCCGUGCACAUCGUCUACGUGGACCGCCCCGAGGACGCCGACCCCGAGGAGUUCCACAUCCGCACCCUUGCCCCCGUCCUCGGCAGCGAGGAGAAGGCCAGGGGCGCGGUCCUCUACCACUACAAGCACGCCGCCAGCGGAUUCUCCGCAAAGCUCACCACCGAGCAGGUCGAGGACCUCAAGAAGCAACCAGGUGUCCUUCAGGUUGUGCCGAGCCAGACCUACCAGCUCCAUGGAAAUGAGGGUGGACAUGCCAGCACAACCCGCACCAUGGGCCUUAUGUGA